AGAAAAUCGACCUCAGUUUUUCUCUCUCUUGCAGUUUACCGUAUAAGCCCAAUUUUCUCAUCUCGUUUCUCGACGGAGCGAAAGCGGAACCCUAGCGAUCACAUCUCAAGCUCUUCGGCUACUUCGCACGCGUCCAGCUCUUAAGCUCUCCAAUCAAUUUCCGAUUGGAGCAUCAAUCAGGAUGAUGGACUUCCCUAUUAUUGCUCCAACUAGUACAGCUUGUAAAUUUUUUUUAGUUACACUGGAAGAAUUUUACACCGUUUUCUUGUCCUACAUGUAAUUUAAUGAGAAGUUGGGUUAAGAAACAGAAUCCAUGAAGCUGGGAAAGUGCACUAUUUCACUAGCUUUUCCAUGAUAAAAUUCAGAAUGUAGUUGUAUGAUUUAUCAAUUACGUGAGCCUAGAGACUCAUAUCUCAAUCCCCUACCCUGGAUAUGGUAUAUAUUUAUGCAACUCUGCAAGAGUUAGUGAAAGUAAGUUAACUAAGGGAUAUGAAUUAAUUUUCCAGGGUUUUCAUUUUUUUUGUUUUUCAAUUAUGUUAAAGAGGGCUGAGUAAGGUAAAUUCAUAAAUAUAUGUCAAUCUUGCCUGAUCCCAUGACACAGAUGCUUUCUUUAUGAUAGAUGGCAAGCGCUUGGACAAAUAUGAGCUUUGCAAUCGUACAUAGGGAUAUAGAGAGGGAGUGGGAGAAAUCAUUUUGGACUUAUGGGUAUUAUUUUUAUUAUGGGAGAUUCUUGCUCACUCUCAGAAGAUCUAUACAUCUGCUAAAAUUCUGGAGAGGAUGAGGAGAUCAAAUUUUAUUUCAAUAUAAAUAAUGCUUUGGAGCACUUUUGGAGCAAAUGAGCAAUGGAGCUUGAGGAGCACGGCUCACCUCGAGGAUUGCUCUCUUGGUUUGCUUCAUAGUUUGGUUUUGUUUUUCUUUUGAUAUUGUCAACAGAGUGUAUGCAGAUGAUAAUUGGACACUGAAGCUGUAGUGUUAUUCUAUUUUCAAAUUGUUGGACAAAGCAUUUAUCGGAAUUGUUUUUUUUAAUGCAGUAAAAAGUUUUGAACUGGAAUCUUCUGGUGUCAAAAAAUGAGUGGUCGAUUUUCUCGCACAAUCUAUGUUGGCAACCUUCCCUCAGAUAUAAAAGAAUGGGAGGUUGAAGAUCUAUUCUACAAGUAUGGCCGCAUAGUGGAUAUUGAACUGAAGAUUCCACCACGUCCUCCGUGUUAUUCAUUUGUUGAGUUUGAAAGUUCUCGGGAUGCAGAAGAUGCAAUAAGAGGGCGUGAUGGGUAUAACUUUGAUGGUUGCCGUUUAAGGGUUGAACUUGCCCAUGGUGGUAGGGGACCAUCUUCAAGUGAUCGUCGUAGUGGAUAUGACCGAGGCAGUGGUGGGGGUCAGUUUGGCGUUUCACGUCAUUCUGAGUAUCGAGUUAUUGUUCGAAAUCUCCCUUCUUCCGCCUCUUGGCAAGACUUGAAGGAUCAUAUGCGUAGAGCUGGUGAUGUGUGUUUUGCUGAGGUUUCUCGUGACAGUGAAGGGACUUAUGGCUUAGUUGAUUAUACCAAUUCUGAUGACAUGAAAUAUGCCAUCCGGAAGCUUGAUGACACUGAAUUUAAAAAUCCUUGGGCAAGAACUCAUAUUUGGGUUAAAUAUUACGAUAGGAGCCCCUCAAGGAGCCGUAGUAGAAGUCGUAGCAGAAGCCGGAGUGUAAGAAGGAAUCGGAGGUACUGGAGCUGUCCCAGUUCUUUUAUUUAUUAUCUUUUUAUCAUUAUUUUCCUCUGUUUUUCUUGCUUCCAUGUGUGCCACAUCUUGGGAGUUAUUCUGUAUUAUGCAGCAAGUCGUUGGAGCGAUCUGUAUCAAAAUCGGUAUGAAGAUCAGUAUCAAGAUCUAGGUCUGCAUCUCCUGUUAAAUCUUCCAGGCCAAGAUCAAUAUCAAGGUCAAGGUCAGAAUCACCUCGUCCGGCGCGGUCGGGUAGUGCCUGAUUCUCUGGCAAAGUCAUCUUCACGGCUUCCUUGGUGUUAGAUGCGAGGAUUUGUUAUGUCCGACUUGUUGAAAAUGUCACUUUUAAGAACCUUAGUUGUGCGGCCAGUAUGUGGUUUUUGUAAUGCCAAGUGAUUUUACAUUUAAUGGUUGCGUAAUGUUGUCGAGAAUACUUGGUCUGUUUCAGUCAGGACAUCUUCCCCAAGGCUAUAUCGUCGGAUUUUCCGUUGCUUGGUUGUUUUGAUUGUGUGCGCCCAAAACAAAACUAAAAUCUAUUGGUUAUGAAGGUUGUGAUGCUACAUGGUACUUUUUAAGCUCUUA